AUGUCGUCUUCUAUUGAAUCGAACGCAGACGGGAAACGGGUGUCUUCAGAUGUGGUUGAAGUCAUCAGCGAUGAAAACGUAGAUGUAGCGUUGAAGUAUCUGCAAAAAGCGCACGCAGAAGACGUAGCGUUUAGUGAUCAAUCCACCGACAAAUCCGGCUUCAAGGGACGAUCUGACGAAAGUCGCACUUAUUUCGGUACCCACACGCUGGAGCCUCGUAUUCUGCGCAAAGUGGACUGCUUCAUCCUCCCGUUUCUGUGUCUCACGUAUCUGUUCAUGUUUCUGGACAAAGCGCUGCUGAAUUAUGCGGCUUCUAUGGGCAUCAAAAAACACUUGAAGGGUAAUGAUUUUUCGAAUCUGGGAACCAUCUUUUCAGCAGCCUACAUCUUCGCAGAGCCGUUUGUGACCUUCUGUAUCCAGCGUUGGCCAAUUUCCAAAGUUAUGGGUACUUUUAUCACUCUGUGGGGAAUAGUCUUGGCUUGUCACGCGGCCUGUAAGUCUUACGCAUCGCUGAUGGUGGUUCGCACACUACUGGGAAUCUUCGAGUCCAGCAGUGCGGUUGGAUGCAUUGCAAUUAGUGGGAUGUACUACACGAAGUCCGAGCAAUCUGCUAGAAUCGGGUUCUGGGCAACUCAGGCAGGUACAGGGUAUAUUGUGGGUGGUUUGAUUUCUUUUGGGUUCCUCCACUACACAGGGACCACGUUCACAUCUUGGCAAAUCAUGUUCUUGGUCGUGGGACUCGUCACCAUUGUUUUUGGAAUAGCGACGUUCCUGUAUCUUCCCGACAAUGUUACAAAUGCGUGGUUUUUGGGUGAGAGCGAAAAGGUUGAGGUUCUGCGUCACAUCAAGGCCAACCAGACCGGCCACGAAAACAAAAAAUUCAAACUUGCCCAAAUCAAAGAACUGUUUUUACAUGACAAGCUCACCUACCCGAUGCUCUUGGUCACCGCUUGCUCCCAAAUUUCCACGGGUGCCAUUGGCACCUUUUCUGUCACAAUAACACAAACCUUUGGCUUCGACAAAUACGAAUCUGCGCUUUUGCAGCUGCCAAUUGGUACCAUCACUGCGAUCAUUAUCUUGAUCACUACCCAAAUGCUUUCGCGUUUUGGUCAGUUCACGCUGAUCACCACUUCCAUGUAUAUUCCAGCCAUCAUAGGUUGUAUUGUCAUGCUGACUCUACCUCUCUCCCACAAAAUUGGCAACCUAUUUGCUCUCUACUUGCUGUACAGUGGUUCCUGUGUCAUUACCAAUAUCUACAUCUGGAAUUCGUGCAACACCUCUGGCUAUUCCAAGCGUGUGUUCCGCAAUGCCGUAACGAUGAUCGUCUACAAUGUUUCUUGCAUCGUAGCUCCGCAGAUGUUUAGAAGCAAUUCCUUUCCGCGUUACAUUCCUGCUAAGAUCGCACUGCUGGUUACCCAAGCUGUAUGCGUUCCGCUACAGCUCUACAUCGGCUAUCUUUGCAGGAAAGAGAAUCGCGCAAGGGACAAAGAACAAGAAGGUCAACCUAAAACACAAUACCAGUUCUUGGAUACAACUGACAUUGAAAACAGAAGCUUUAGGUAUUUCUACUAA